GUGCCGAUCCGACUAUAGUCGUAUUUCCGGUGCAACGCAGCAAUUCUACAAACAACGAGCAUGUGCGCGAUAUCUGAUAAAAGUCAGGUUAAAACGAAUUCGCAUAAUGCACGCCUUGAUAAUGCGCUUUAAUACAUUGUCACACCGUCGGCUUGUGCAUAACUUACUUCUGUUUUUUAACUAUUUAUAAUCAUGUCAGCAAUGACUAAAUUAAAUGAUCCCGAUGACCUCUUGUAUUUGCUUGGCGAUCCGGGACUGUUCCAGAUUAUUCAGUUUAUGCUAUUGGCAUGUCAGUUUAUACCGGCUAUGAUGAGUGAUUUCAUGCCAAUAUACCAUAACAUUCGUCCCAGGGCUGUCAGAAUCCCGGAACAAUUUUCUUCAACUUUAGACAAUGCAUCAUUAAUGGCGGGAGAAAAGAAAAUGUAUAACCUAAGCAGUUUUUGUGAGUUCUUUCCUGAUGUGAAUGCAGAAAAUGCCGGCUUGGAGUAUGUUUAUGCCGACCGUCAAUGGUCAGUGGUUGGAGAAAUGGAUCUCAUAUGCAAAAGAUCUUGGCUUCCAGAGUUUGCCACAACAAUAUAUUUUUUGGGACAGAUCGCAGCCAGUCCUGUUUGUGGUUUUAUCGCCGAUAAAUACGGACGCCGGCCAACCGUGCUGGUUUGCAAUCUGAUGUUCACAUUAUUUGCCGUGUCUAUGGCCUUCUCCUAUUACUAUCCCAUCUUUGUAAUCUUGAGUUUUUUUCUCGGAUUAUUCAAGCAGGGAAUCCAAGCUACUUCGGUGAUAUUGAUGAUCGAAUGGAUACAGCCGAAACGACGUGCCAUUUGGUCUGCCAUUGCACAGUUUCCCUUUUCCUUUGCUGUCAUAAUAUUCGCCGGCACCGGCUACUUUCUGCGGAAUUGGCGUUACAUUCAAAUCGUGGUUGGCUUGUCAAAUUUCACGGCCCUGGCAUUUUAUUGGUUUGCCCCGGAAUCUCUACGAUGGCUGAUUCUUCACGGCAGGCAACAUGAGACUCGGAAAGUGUGCGCUAAUGUGGCAAAAUUCAAUGGAAUUUCUCUAGGCGACGAUCAGCUGGACGAGAUCAAUCACAUUUCCGCCAAACGUGCACCGGCUACUGCUGCUGCACCGGCUGCAUCCCAGUCGUUGUUUGUCUGUUUUAAGACCAAAUACCUAAGACUGUUCACGCUGAUGGGAUGUUUCUUAUGGAUGGCCACCUUUUUCGUGUAUUUUUCCUUUUCCUUCUUGGUGGCCAACAUGAGCGGAAGCAUUUACCUGAACAUAGCCAUCAGCGGAUGUAUGGAGCUUAUUCCGCGCUCUAUUGGAAUCUUUAUGGCCAAAAAGUUCACAAACCGUGCUUCGUUAUGCGGCUAUUUUGCCGUCGCCGGUGUAUUGGCGAUAAUUGCCGGAGUACUGCCGGAGCAGCACGGUGUCGUGCAAACGGUGCUGGCACUGUUGGGCCGCAUGAGUGUGGUCGGAUGCUUCGCCGUCAUGCAGGUGCUCACUUCGGAACUGCUGCCCACCAUCGCGCGCAACAGUGGAUUCGGAUGGUGCUGUGUGGCCAUGCGAACCGGUUGCAUGGUCGCACCGCAGCUGGUAUUUCUGGCGACCGUUACACCCUUCAAAGGCAUGCCAUUAGUGGUGGCGGGGGCGGCUUCCCUAUUGGCCGCCGGGAUAACAAUACUCGUACCGGAAACAAGUGACAUGCGCUUACUGGCCACCGUGGAAGAAGUGGAGAGUUUCGGUAAACGCGAGAUGUUGGCAUUUCGGCACAAGGAUAUUCCCGUCAUCACUGUGCUAAAAUCCACCAUCCGGAAACGGCAUGCCGCCCAAAAAAGUACUUCUCCACCACUCGUUAUCAGCCAUGAUUAUAAUAAUGGCGAAACGUAACUGAUGGAAUAUAACUGCUCAAUGUUGCGAUACCAGUACCUUGUGCCUUAAGGAAAGUGAAUUUUUUGCUGUAUAAAAAGGGAAGCUUCUAUUGCGUAAAUUUAUCUUUUGCUUCAUCACUCGUGUUCAUGUUCACUGCGGUAAAAGUAUUCAGAGAAAAUCGGAAUGACAGCCAGGAUCAAUGUUUCGC